GGAUGACUCAUCCCCCAGCCCUUCAUCCCAGAGAGGAGUAACACGAGCGAAGCACAGCGCUCUUCCUCCGGCCUCGCCGAUGCACCGGCCGCCGCUCGCCCGCUGAAGCCGCCCCCCGGUCUGAACAGCGAGGAGGAGCAUGGAGGAGGAGGAAGGUCAAGCUCCGGCGGCCCCGCCGGAGGACGAGCCCAAAAGCGAAGGAAACGGAGCCGCCGCCGCGGAGUCGCCGGAGCCCGCACCGGCGCCUGGCGGCCCCGAGGGAGAGGAGGAGAGGCCGAAGGCGGCCGAGGAGGAGGAGGCGGCGGGCGGCGGCGAGAAGGAGGAGGAGGAGGCCUUCCUGGUGAGCCUCUACAAGUUCAUGAAGGACCGCCACACGCCCAUCGAGAGGAUCCCCCACCUCGGCUUCAAGCAGAUUAACCUCUGGAAGAUCUACAAAGCGGUGGAGAAGCUGGGCGCCUACGAGCUGGUGACGGGCCGCCGGCUCUGGAAGAACGUGUAUGAUGAGCUGGGCGGCAGCCCCGGCAGCACCAGCGCCGCCACCUGCACCCGCCGGCACUACGAGCGGCUCGUCCUCCCCUACGUGCGGCACCUCAAGGGCGAGGACGACAAGCCGCUGCCGCCCGCCAAGCCCCGCAGGCAGUACAAGGUCUCCAAGGAGCCCAAGGGCCACGAAGGCGGCGAGAAAAGCAGGAGAGCCAAGAAGGAGAAGAGCCGGGAGCAGGUCCCCGCCGGCACGGCGGCGCCGGCGCCAGAUGUCCCCGAGCGGGGCCGGCCGGCCGACGGCGCGGCCGCGGCGGCGCGCGGCGGCCCGUGCCGGAGCCCCGCGGACGCCUGCAAGCGCCUCUUCUCCAGCUUCUGCUCCGAGGGCAACCACGGCAUCAUGUCUCCGCUGGCCAAGAAGAAGCUGCUGGCCCAGGUGAGCAAAGCGGAGGCUUCGCACUGCCACAAGCGGCACUGCCCGGAAAGCCGGCGCCCCGCCGGCGCUGCCCGCCCCGAGCCCCCCGCCGCCGCCGCUGGCAGCUCCCACCCGGCCGAGCGCGGGAGCCCCGUGGGCGAGGAUGGCGGCGGCGGCACGGGGCCGCCGCUCGGCCCCGCCGUCUUCACCGGCUGCUUCCACGCCUACCGGCCCGGGGGGCUGGCGGCAUCGUGCCGGCCGCCGCCGCCCCGCUGCGCCUCGCCGGAGCUUUCGGAGCCGCCCCGAGAGGCGUGGGGCGGCGGGGGGCCAGCGCCGCGCACCCGGGGCCCCUCGCCCGCCGCCUUCGCCGCCGUCCACGGCUGCUGGGUGCCGCCCAGCGCCGCCUUCGCACCGCCGUCCAGGGCCAAGCGGGCCCUGGAGGAAGACGAGGAGGAGGAGGAUGAUGACGAAGAAGCCUUCGGCCCCGGCCAGAAGUUACGCGCCGUCUCCCCCUUCGGCAAGGACGAGGGUGCCCGCUCGCCCGGGGGCCGGCAAGGGCUGGCCAAGCCCAAAGCCGUGGUGGCCGGUCCCGGCUACCCGGCUCCGCUGCCCGCCGCCGUGCCUCGGAUCGCGGACGUUUACACGGGAGCGAUGCUGCGCUUCCCGGCGAGCUUCGGCAACCCGCUGGAGCGCCUCCGGAGCCACGGCACCCCGCUGGCGCCCGCCCUCUCCGUCAACCCCUUCGUCAUCCCGGCUUUUCCCAGCCCUUUGGUAACCGCUUCGCCGCAGCCCUCCGAACCGUGCCGACCGCUGGCGACCGGCCCGGGCCGCUACGCCACGACGUCUUACGGCGGCUCGCCGCGGCCCCGGCUCUACCCGGCCGCCGCCUGGCACGGCCAGCUCGCCUACGCCUCGCCGCCCGCCUUCCGCCGCGGCGCCGAGCUGUAGCGCUUUCGGCCCGCCGAAAAGGGACCGGGAGGGAGGCGCUCCGGACCGCCUCCGUUUUUACUUAGAGCCAUUUGUAUCCGACAUCGUAUUCCGAUGACUUUAAUACCGAUAUCACAAGGUUUUAUAUUAUAUAUUAUAUAUAUAUAGGGAGGAGGGAGCAAAGUGAAUUGCAGAGAUUUCUAUUUUACUAGACGUGCUGGAUGCUGGAAGCUCUGCGCCGGGGGCGCGGGGAGGAGGCUGAGCCGGGCUGCGGCAGGUCCCACCGGGCCCGGGGAGCCUGGGACGCUCUGCCGUUCCCCGGUACGGAGCCCCAGCUCCUUCCUAUCAAGCAAUGCAACUUUUUUUUUUUAACAAAAAAAAAAAAAAAAAAAAAAAAAAAAAAAAAAAACCUCUGUUGCCUCAAGUCCAGGCUUCUAGGGUUAUUCAGUCCCCCCAGGGGCCUGCUAGGGUCCGAACCGAGUUGGGACCACGGGCACCAGCCGCCCCUUUGGGUGCCUCACCCCGUCCGCGCAGAAAAGGCACCGGAAUCGGCCGAGCCGGGGCCAAAAGCGGCGCCCGAAAUAAAACUGGCUGGAUGGUCCCAA